CGCUCAUAGAAGGUCUACCAGGGCUUUCGGCGGAUACAAAAGAGGCACGGCGAAGACUCCUUUAUUUCGGAAGUCUCGCCCACGUUGAUCAUCGUCGGACACCCUGGCGAAGACACACCGGUUUCACGCUAUAAUUUUGAUCCGUGAUGGUGGGAGUUCCGGGCAAAUACAAAGGCUGCGAGACAUGCCGUCUCCGCCGAGUAAAGUGCGACAACCAGCGCCCCCACUGCCGAAAAUGCCUCGACGGCGGCCGCAUCUGCGCCGGCUAUGAGCGCGAGACCGUCUUCAUCAUCGGCACCCUCGACGACCGCGGUCGCUGCUCCUCGCACCCCCCGAGGGUCGUCAACAAGGCUUCGGGAACCGGGGGUGGUAGUACUGGUGGUAGUAGUAGCGGCAGCGGAAGCGGCAGCAAGAAGGCGAGAUCCAGGUCGUCUACGCUCGUUACCAAGGAAUCGGUGGGUGGUGGUGGUGGUGGCGAUGAGGGAAAAGAAAGCGGUACUGUGGUCGAAGUUGUGGUUGAUGGGGAGCCAAGACCGGCUUGGGAUGACCUCGUUCAGCUAGACUGUCGUCGACCUCGGCAGCGUCGCGGGAGGUAUUCGACGCAGCUUGCCGGUCUGGGAACAGAUUUGGCGGGUGUUGUGGUGAGGGAGAGCGGGGGCGGUGGUUCCUGUCUCUCGCUGCCGGCGUAUGGAACGCCAGAUGUGCAGCUCGGGAUGGGAACGGAGGAGCUCCGGCUGGGACCGCGGUGCCUGGUGCAUCUCGCUGCUCCCGAUCAGGGACAGGGAGUGGCACAUAGUGUCUGCAUGUUCCUUUAUCAGCAUGGCAACGACCCUUACUUCGCCAACCAACCACACUGGAAGGAUCCAUUCGUCCAAAGCGACAAUGUCCUCCGGGCGGCUCCAGAACAGUUCCGUUCGUUUCCCGCCCACCACUUCUUCGCCCGCUUCUACCGUCCCAACGCUAUUAUGACCGCCCUUCUGAACCGCACCCCAACGUUUCUUGCCGAGUCCCAAUGGCUCUCCGUCCCUUUCGAGAUUCACCCCAAAGCCCCUCUCGACCGGUUGUUCGACAACCUCGCCGUCCUAGCUUCUCUUCUUCCUCGUGCGGACCACGUCCUCUCGCAGGAGCCUACCUUCGCUCGUCGGCUGAUGGCGCAGGAGUUGCUUAAUGACUGUCUGGAUCUGGAGAUGGAGAUGGGCCGGUGGUAUACCUCCCUGCAACACCCGUCAAUGUCCGGCAGCGCUGGUGGAGGAGCUGGGGGAAAACCGCUUUUCUGGCUCUCUGACUCGACGGUGACGAGGGUUAACCCCCCUUUCAAUCCGCUAAUCUUCCGAGACAACCACACCGCCCUCGCCCUGUCCUACUACUGGGCCGCCCUCGUCCUCUUCUACCCCACCAUCUGGCGCCUCUACUUCGCCGCCGUUAUCGACGCCGUCGUCGUCAUGGAUACCACCACCACCUCCAACCCUCCGUCGUACCUCCCGCAUCACCAACCCCACCAGCACCAGUACCAGCAGCACCAGUACCAGCAGCAACAACAACAACAGCUGCCACAGAGCACCACCCCCUCCAUGUUCACUCCCCUCCCCAUCCCCCCGCGCCUCCAAGACCUCGACCCGAUGCGCUACUCCCUGCCACAGGUUCGCCAGAUCGCCGGCAACGUCUGCCGCGCUCUCGACUUCCUCCUCCUCGUCCUCCUCCCUCUCCCCCUCCUCCCCCCCGAAGGCAACAAAAACAGCAGCAGCAGCAGCAACAACAGCAACAAUACUCCCGUUCCCCUCCCCGGGUGGGCCCAGCCAGACCUGCUUUGGCUUCCCCUCCUUGCCGUGGCACGGCUCUUCCGCGAGCUGGGAGGCAUCGUCUCCGCCCAGCCGGGAGGGGCAUCUCAGGCCGGUGCGGGGAUGGGCAUGGGAAUGCAGAUGGGGGUUGGGAUGGGGCUGGGGAUGGGCGCGGGUCUAGACAUGGGUUUGAUGGAUGCGUCGUCGGGCGACGGCGGCGGCGGCGGCGGCGGCGAAGGGCGGCUGGUGGAGGAGAUGUGGUGCGAUGGCCUCAGGGAGAGGCUGCUCGGGCGGGUCGGGGAGAUGAGGGAGGUUGUGGCGGGGAGGAGGUGGUUUGAUGUUGCCUCUCUCUGAUGAGUGAUGAGUAGGUAUCUAGAUGGUUGGGAAAAGAAAAUGAAAAUGGGAUGAAAUACGAAGAGGGGGGGAAUCGAGAGAGGGGGGAACUUGGGUUUGUUUGCUCCAAUUCCCAGCUGGUUUGGGCCCCAAUUUGCUAGCAGCCUUUGUCACUGUUCUGUUAGGAUUGUCUGAUUGGCAUAAUUACACUGUUUCAAUUCCCUCCCU